GGAGCAGGGGCCCUUCCUCUUGGUGGCCUCGGACAUUCAGCAGGUGCUGGCACAGGCCCUGGCUGGGAGGUGGGGCGGGCAGGAGCCAGCCUGGAGGAGGGGCUGAGAGUCAGCAGGCACACGGGAACCCGGAACCCUGUGUGCUGGGGAGGAAUCCCGCAGUGGCCGGGGGGCUUGAGGCCGCUGCUUUGUCUCUUCGUCCAGAGCCUUAUGUAAGAGCUUUUCUCGGGAAACAGGAAGUCCUGCUUGCCAAUUUCAGCACAGGGAGUAGUGCAGGCCUUAUUCCAACACACCCGGCCCAGCCUUAACCCCAGAACUCAGCCAGUUUCUUGCUUCCGUGCCCCUGGUUCUCCUCGCCACCGAGCCCACCCCUCCUUUCCCACCUUCAGUCACCCCUAGUGAACUGCCCCAGCGAUCUCUGCUGUGCUUGAGCCUGAGGGUCUUCCACCCUCGCCCUGACCCUGGACACUGCCCAGCUUGGCCCCCCAUCCUGCUCCUGGCACAAUGCCCUCUAGCCAGCCAACCUUCCCUCCCCCAACCCUGGGGCCGCCCCAGGGUUCCUGCGCACUGCCUGUUCCUCCUGGGUGUCACUGGCAGCCCUGUCCUUCCUAGAGGGACUGGAACCUAAUUCUCCUGAGGCUGAGGGAGGGUGGAGGGUCUCAAGGCAACGCUGGCCCCACGACGGAGUGCCAGGAGCACUAACAGUACCCUUAGCUUGCUUUCCUCCUCCCUCCUUUUUAUUCUCAAGUUCCUUUUUAUUUCUCCUUGCGUAACAACCUUCUUCCCUUCUACACCACUGCCCGUACCCCUACCCGCCCCGCCACCUCCUUGCUACCCCACUCUUGAAACCACAGCUGUUGGCAGGGUCCCCAGCUCAUGCCAGCCUCAUCUCCUUUCUUGCUAGCCCCCAAAGGGCCUCCAGGCAACAUGGGGGGCCCGGUCAGAGAGCCGGCACUCUCAGUUGCCCUCUGGUUGAGUUGGGGGGCAGCUCUGGGGGCUGUGGCUUGUGCCAUGGCUCUGCUGACCCAACAAACAGAGCUGCAGAGCCUCAGGAGAGAGGUGAGCCGGCUGCAGAGGACAGGAGGCCCCUCCCAGAAUGGGGAAGGGUAUCCCUGGCAGAGUCUCCCGGAGCAGAGUUCCGAUGCCCUGGAAGCCUGGGAGAAUGGGGAGAGAUCCCGGAAAAGGAGAGCAGUGCUCACCCAAAAACAGAAGAAGCAGCACUCUGUCCUGCACCUGGUUCCCAUUAACGCCACCUCCAAGGAUGACUCCGAUGUGACAGAGGUGAUGUGGCAACCAGCUCUUAGGCGUGGGAGAGGCCUACAGGCCCAAGGAUAUGGUGUCCGAAUCCGGGAUGCUGGAGUUUAUCUGCUGUAUAGCCAGGUCCUGUUUCAAGACGUGACUUUCACCAUGGGUCAGGUGGUGUCUCGAGAAGGCCAAGGAAGGCAGGAGACUCUAUUCCGAUGUAUAAGAAGUAUGCCCUCCCACCCGGACCGGGCCUACAACAGCUGCUAUAGCGCAGGUGUCUUCCAUUUACACCAAGGGGAUAUUCUGAGUGUCAUAAUUCCCCGGGCAAGGGCGAAACUUAACCUCUCUCCACAUGGAACCUUCCUGGGGUUUGUGAAACUGUGAUUGUGUUAUAAAAAGUGGCUCCCAGCUUGGAAGACCAGGGUGGGUACAUACUGGAGACAGCCAAGAGCUGAGUAUAUAAAGGAGAGGGAAUGUGCAGGAACAGAGGCGUCUUCCUGGGUUUGGCUCCCCGUUCCUCACUUUUCCCUUUUCAUUCCCACCCCCUAGACUUUGAUUUUACGGAUAUCUUGCUUCUGUUCCCCAUGGAGCUCCGAAUUCUUGCGUGUGUGUAGAUGAGGGGCGGGGGACGGGCGCCAGGCAUUGUCCAGACCUGGUCGGGGCCCACUGGAAGCAUCCAGAACAGCACCACCAUCUAGCGGCCGCUCGAGGGAAGCACCCGCCGGUUGGCCGAAGUCCACGAAGCCGCCCUCUGCUAGGGAAAACCCCUGGUUCUCCAUGCCACACCUCUCUCCAGGUGCCCUCAGCCUCUUCACCCCACAAGAAGCCUCAUCCUACGUCCUUCUCUCCAUCUAUCGGACCCCAGUUUCCAUCACUAUCUCCAGAGAUGUAGCUAUUAUGCGCCCGUCUACAGGGGGUGCCCGACGAUGACGGUGCCUUCGCAGUCAAAUUACUCUUCGGGUCCCAAGGUUUGGCUUUCACGCGCUCCAUUGCCCCGGCGUGGCAGGCCAUUCCAAGCCCUUCCGGGCUGGAACUGGUGUCGGAGGAGCCUCGGAUGUAUCGUACGCCCUGGUGUUGGUGUUGCCUCACUCCUCUGAGCUCUUCUUUCUGAUCAAGCCCUGCUUAAAGUUAAAUAAAAUAGAAUGAAUGAUA